AUGGAAGACUUUGAGAAUCGACCCAAGGCUGAAAAAUACUUUCCUCAAGCAGAUGCCACCCUUGAAGGUGCCCAAUCCAAGAUGCAAUUUCUCCAAGAAAACACAGAAAUUGCUAUAGGAAUCCCUCUUCGACACCAAAUUUAUUCCCUUUUGCAAUUAUCUGACCAAGGUGGUCUCACAGUCCAAGAGGUCUCAAAGAAGCUUUGUUUAAAUACAAAAACUUGUGCAAAGGUCCUAGACGAAAUGGUCAGCAAAUACCCUGAUAUCAAAGCAACUGCCCAUCGUUAUGGAAGAGUCUUCGUCCACAAAUAUCACAUCAGUCAAAAACAAGAAGAAAAACAUGAAAAAUUACUAGAAGAUGAAGAGUAUUUGACCCAGGUGAACCAAGAUACCCUCGAUUUAAUAAAAAAGACUGAAUGUGACUAUGGGAAAACGAUCCUUAAAGCUAUUGAAGUCAAUGUCAAAGCUGAUAGGCGGCCUACAAACCGCCAAAGGGUAACUCAUCAAACCUAUAUAAGAUCGUUAUUUAUAGUGUCAAGAAUCCAGACAUUGAAAGUCAGCUCUAUUUAUGAGAUGAAAGAAAUGAUAAAAAGUGACUUAGAACCUAACGCAAAAUGGAGCCUUGAUAAGAAAACGGUCCUUAGGAUUGUGUGGAAACUACAAGGGGUAGGGCUGAUAAGGCAAAUGUGCUUUAGAAUUACCUUGAAAAAAAAUGAUGAACAUGAUUUGCAGUAUUUGGGGGAUGAGUAUGGGUGUAUUGAAAAAGAUAAAAAAGUGAUAAAACUUAAUGGAACAACCGACGCGCGAGGAAAUACAGUUCUUUAUAAAGUUAUUAUAGCCCUGCCGAAUAUGUGUGAAAGUGACCCAUUAGUGUUGGCCUAUCCCCUAUUGCAAAAUCCUACUAAUAGAAAGCCUAUAGCAACUCCUGGCUAUAAAUUACCAUCAUCAGUUCCUAUAUUUUCAAAAUCUAUUUAUUUGAAGAAGUUUUAUCAAGAAGACCAUAAAUAUUUUAAAAAAAUUAAAGAAAUUAGCGCAGAGAAUUUUAUAGAGAUCGUCAAAACUUUAUAUAAAUGCAAGGGAGAACUAGAAAAAAAAGAUGAAAAAAUAGAAGAUGAUGGGAGCAUGCAAAUUGAGGAUGAAGAAGUGCCUGAAGUUGCCAGAAAAGCAAUUAAUUGCUCCGUAUUUAUUAAAUGGGCUGAAGAAUUUCAUAGAAAAUGGAUACUAAAAUGUUAUGAAAUAUUCAUCGGAAAAUUCAGAGUAUCAUCAACUUAUCUCGCCCUUAAAUCAAUUCAAAAUUCUCAGAAAAAAGAUACGCAAAUAAACAAUAAAUUGAGCCUGGCAUAUGGAAAUAUCAGCUUUAAGCCAGCCAAUAUACACUCUUUUACAAGUAUCCCAGAAAAAUUAUUCAAUAAUCCAAUUGACGAAAAAAUGGAUAUAGAUGAAAAAUUGCUUUGCUCUUCAACUUCUUCAGAUGCAAAUGAAAAUAAUGGUGAUGGAGAAAUUUUUGAAGAGCAGCUCAAAGAGAUUAGGAAAAAUAUUGACGAAUUGAAUUUCCUUAAACAUAGAAAAUUACCUAAAAAGAGAAAAGGAGGUGUAGUUGAUGCAGCUGCGACGAUUAAGAAAGUGUUUUUGACAUUGGAGAAUAAGCCUAUGAUGAUAACUAUAGAGCAAAUUGAUAGUUUGACCAAGAAGUUAGACGUCGAGCCUACCCAUUUCCUUAUCCUUUCAUAAUAUUAAUUAAAUCAUGCUUUAAAAUUUUCUAUUAAUAUAAAUACAAAAAGUCCUCAAUUUUGUAAAUAAUAUAGCAGAAAGUUAGCUAUCUUCAAAUGCUUGGGAUUAUUAGUGAGUGCUUACUCCCCCCCCCCUCCGUGAGCGAACAAAACCAUUAGAAAAAUCGGCAUUUUUUGACCAAAAACCCACCCUCCGUGAGUGAACAAAAAUUUUUUUAAUAGAAAAAAAUUUUAAUGGAAAAAAAUUUUGAUAUAUAAGUGAUAAUUAGUAUAAUGAAAUCUAGAGCUAAUUCUGUUUAAUUUUAAACAAAUUGCGUUUUAAAACAUAAAUUUUGCAAAUUAAAUUAAUAUUUGCUUCCCAAUUUUUGCAAAUUAGGAUUUUUUUAAAUUUCGAAAAAAAUAUUUUUUAUAAAAUUUAUAUAUAAAUUUUUUUUUUAAAAAAAAAAAUUAACCCCCCUCCGUGAGCGAACAAAAUUUUUUUGUUCGCUCACGGAGGGGGGGGGGGAGUUAGGAAAAUUCAAAGUUAACCCGCCGUGAAUGUGAAUGUGAUGAGGUCUUCAUAAAUUUAUCAUAAAUUCACUUUUAAAAAACUUAACCUUUAACUCUAUGGUUCAGCUCCCAAUAUAA